AUGGAAAUGCAUCUGAGCAAUGCUGAAACGCUACUGCAUGCAUUGUACACAAUCGAAAAUGCUAUGGAAAAUAUGCCAAUGCUACCUGAUCGCCAUCUUCUUCGUAUUGGCGCAGAUGUUGUUGAGGCAUACAACAUUCAGGACUUCAUUGCAGUGCGCAAGGCCAGUGGGAUCGCUUCACUAGGAUGCCUUGGCAGCCAAUGCAUUAUAAACACACAGAUACAAGGUAGAAGUGGCUCGCUUGUGUUCUUUACUGAGGAUUCCAAAUACGCCAUAAAGGCAAUCAGGAAGUCUGAGUUUUCCUGCAUUCGCCAGAUGGCUCCUGACUACAGCAAAUAUAUUCAGCAAAAUCCAAACUCGUUGCUGUGUAGGAUACUUGGAUGCUACAGCCUCAAAACCCGCACGUCUACAGAAUACUUGAUCAUAAUGAAGAACAUAGUUGAGGGAUGCCUUACGUCAGAUGUGAAGCAUGCUGGUGAGGUGUAUGAUCUCAAGGGCGUCAAUGUAUGCAGGGAAGGACAAUCAAUUCAGAAUCUUAAGGAAGCAAACUGGAUCAAAAACAACAAAAGGAUCGAUAUAUACGGGAGCAGGGCAGUGCUUGUAUCGCAGAUGAAAAACGACCUGUUGUUUUUGAACAAGCAUAAUGUUAUGGAUUACAGUCUUCUUGUGUGUUUCAAGCCAGUGCCAACUACUACAGAGUAUGGAGGGCCUUGCUUACAAAAUGCAGAGAAUCAGACGCAGCAUGCAAGUGAUGUGCAUUUUGGAAUAAUUGACAUUCUUACACAAUGGAAUCUGAGAAAAAGAACAGAAAGAUUACUGAAUGUGCUGUGUUGCAAUUCUUCGAGUUCCUGCAUUGAUCCAGAUGCAUACAUGAUUAGAUUUCUUGCAAUGGUUGAGUCUGACUUUUUAUGGUGA